AUGUUUCGUAGGUUUGUUGACAUCACGGCGCUUAGCCGAAACGUGAAUUUGAGGAGGCACGAAGUCUGCGAUGCGCUGAUCGAUUGUUUUUGUGAAUUGUUGGAUCUUUCAUACGCCAGCCAUAAUUUUCGCUCGUGGCCUGAAGCUGUGAAAUUUUACUCCACCAUGCAUCAUCCAGAUGCUUACAAAUGUUCGUUGCGUGAUGAAUUUGUAUUAACGGAACAUGAAGUGCUGCUAAGGGCGAAAGAACACGACUCGAUUUUAAGUGAUCUGCUGGUUUCAUUUCGUGCCGUUGUCACUUAUAUGCUUGUCAGUGCCGGAAUAAUUCAGGCUCUCUCUCGGUUUAUUUUGCGUGAUCUAGAUGAUCCAACGUCGCUUAGAGCAACCCUCUUAAUGAGCGACUUAAUGCUUAUGGGUUCGACUUACUUACCAACUGAAUGGAAACUUCGGGUCCUGAGUGUGCCAACUCUUGUACAUAGUGCUUGUGAAGUAAUGAGCGGAGAAUUUGGACCUAAAAAUGAUCCCGGAUGUAACGAAGGCGAUCGCGGCGCUGCCUUUACAUAUUUCGAUGCAAGGAAUGCACCGCUUCUGCUUCAUCGCUUGAACACUUUGAACGAUAUAACAAUGACGCAAAAGACGCAGCCGGUCCCUGUGACAAACCUUGAGCUCUUUGUUCCAAGCAGUCCCGAUUCUGUCCGAUGGCAUAUUUCGAAAUUGUCGGCGCCAAACUUUGAUGUUGACGCGGAUGUGGAAGCGAAACUUAACGAGCUGUUGAUGAAAACGGUCGGUUCGGAUGGGCAGUUUCGUUGGGAUGCUAUUGACGUACUGCUCAGGUUUCUUGAACUGAGAGCGAAUUUUUCCAAAGAUACAUCGAGCAAAUACCCGGAAAAGUGCUACGUCAUUUUCAAACAGUUGUUUGCUUUCAUUACACCAACGGAGGGCUUGCUGAUAACAAGGUUCGAUGGAGAUCGUUUCACUAUUGCGUGUUGUUGUCGCGCCGUACACGUUGCACUUCUGUUUUCCCGAAAAGAUACGCUGUACAAAGAGCUGUUGCUGAAUUUCAUCGAUGAUUUCAUCAAAAAUAUCUCGAAGGAUGUACUAGAUCGUGGGCCACUGUCACCGAAAAAUUUGCUCAAUAGUGGAGCAGCGUAUUAUUUUGCAUUCAUUGGUGCAAUAUCAGCGAGUGUUGAGGGCAGAAAGAUGCUAGAAGCAACGCCUCUGCUGCAAUUGUUAGUUCUUUGUGGUUAUUUCAGUCAAACAUCUCUGCUUUUCCUCUUUUCCUGUGCUUUUUUGACGGGCAUGACACAGUGA